GCUUCGAUACGGGCAACUACGGGGUACUUAAGGUUGUAGUUGUGUUGUGAUAUUUCUACCUGCCCAUGUAACACCUGAACAAAGUAUCAAAACUGAACUGAAUUAAAAUUAAUUUCCAUAUUAACAGACACUACAGAAUGGCGGUGAAUCAUAUUGUGAUAGGUGGCGGAACAGGAUUUGUAGGGACAGCUCUAGUCAAUGCGUUUAGGCAGCGGGGUCUUUCUCCUAUAAUUGUCUCUCGGAUGCCUGGACCUUUUCGCAUAUCUUGGCAUGACUUGGAGCGUGAUGGUUUACCUAAAAAUACAACUGCGGUGAUAAAUGUGGCCGGUCAAAAUAUUCUGGAUGCUUCGCAAAGGUGGAGUUCCGGAUUCAAACAAAAUGUUUGGAAUAGCAGAGUCGAAACUACAAAAACUUUGGCAAAAGCAGUCGCUGCUUGUCCGCCUAAAGUAUUCGUCACAAUUUCAGGUGUCGCAUAUUAUCCACCGGAUAAAAAAGAGUACAAUGAGGAAAGUGUCUGCGAUAAAUACGACUUCUUAUCAGAACUAUGUCACGAAUGGGAAGCUGCAGCAAAACUACCAGAGGGUACAGAUGUACGACAAGUCACUAUUCGAUCAGGUGUUGUUCUUGGCAGAAACGGAGGUAUGAUCAAGCAGAUUUUCAUCCCAUUUUAUCUUGGGCUCGGGGGACCGCUCGCCAGUGGGAAACAGUACAUGCCUUGGAUACACAUAGACGAUACAACGAAUAUGUUCGUCCAUGCUGUGGAAAACAGUAACGUCUCUGGUAUAUUGAAUGGUGUUGCACCCCAGGUUGUGACUAAUGCCGAGUUCACAAAUGCUUUUGCUGCUGCUCUCUGGAGACCAGCUAAAAUACCAGUUCCUGAGUUUGCUUUGAACUUGUUAUUUAACAAGGAAAGAGCAAAGAUCAUGACUGAGGGACAAAAAGUCAGUCCGAAGCGUGUUCUGGAGUCAGGAUUCAAGUAUCAAUAUCCUACAAUCGAUUCAGCCUGUCGGGAUGUCGCCAAAUGGUGACUUCGUCGUUAGUCAGGAUUGACAGUCACCAGAUAAGUCUGACCUUAAAAUAGCUCAAUAUUCUGCACAACGGUUUUCAACGAUAGUCAGCUUUGUACUUAGGCACACAAAUUACCUGAACCGUUAACUUAUUAAACAGUAAUAUAUAUUUAAUGUUGCAAAUAUAAAUAUUACGAAAACGUGA